GCCCACAAUGAUGCGACGUAUGGGCAUCAGAAUGGUGAGCUGAAUUUUUGGGUGCCGCUGACGGAUCGCAAGCUGACACAGGUGGACUUGCACUGCGAGUCUGUUGUUGAUGAAGGCGACUACCAUGCCAUCGCGGCCAAGCCAGGAGAAAUCAUUGCUUUCCAUGGUUCUUCGUGCCGGCACUACAUCAAUGCGAACACGACACCACACACUCGAGUCUCCAUGGAUUUUCGCGUUGGGGUCGAAGGCUAUUUUGAUCCAACGUGGGCGAUGGUUGGAACAAGUGACGAUCACACCCGCAGCCAAGUUUCACUGUAG